AUGUCGUCAGAAGCCCAAGUAGCGCCCAGUCGCAUGACUCUUCAGGUUGCGAAGCAGAAGAAGAAAGGCGCUGCUCAGGGCUACCAACUCUUAAAAAAGAAGAGUGAUGCUCUGUCCGCUCGUUUCCGUGGCAUGCUGAAGGAGAUUACGAAACUGUCAAUAGGAGACACCAUUAACGAGGCGCACUUCUCCUUAGCAAAGGCUUCAUGGGCUGGAGGCAGCGACCUGAGGGGACAGUUGUUGCAGCGCAUUAAGCGGCCUGCGGUGUUCGUUACUGCUGCCUAUGAUAACGUCGCUGGGGUUCGGCUGCCCGUCUUUCAGGUUACUACAGAUCCUACUGUCGACA